CUAACAUCGUAUCCUCGUAUUCUCCCCAAAAUGGCCGUCGACAACGCCAGCGACGAUGCUCUUCUAUCAAAACCAAGCGACAAGACGACGCAAUACGAGUGCCACGAGCGCAGCAAUGCCAUCUACAACCCUCUAUCGACCUUUACACUUCCGCGCAACGAAGCCAAACAAUACCAACAGCAAUAUGCCGACAUGUACUUUACGCGCCUCGCCCAGCUCAAACCCGCCGUGGAAUCAAUAGCCUCGGAAGCAUUCAGCGACUUCCACAUUGGCGGAGAACAGGCGAGGAAAGUGGACAGAGUGCUAGAUGUGCGGCAAGGGCACCUCUGCUGGGUCAUUGGUACGGUCUUCGUCGAGAUGCCGCUAAAGCCAAAUGUGCUGGAGGACAUUGGGAAGGAGCAUUGGAUCGCUGCCCCGCCUGCAAGGCAAAAAUACAACCCUGGGGAAGGCAAUGUCUCCAUGAUGCUGGAGGAUGAGAGUGGUCGGCUGAAGCUGACUGGCGGCUUCCUGGCGAGCGUAUUGUUGGUGACAGGUGCCAUUGUGGCUGUAUUGGGCACGGAGAACUCGGACGGCGAUUUUGAGGUUCUGGAUAUAAGAGUCCCGGACCUGCCACGUCAACCGCAGAGAUGGGAGAGAGACGAUGGAGAUGCUGCACUGAAAGGCAAGAAGGCCAGCCAGAAGCGAGAGUCUGGUGGAAAAGUGGCGAUAGUGUCUGGCUUGUCAAUCAGUGGUGAUGACGGAGACACGCUUAUGCUGGAUAUGCUUGCCGAGUACUUGCUUGGUGAAGCAGGGGGACUGGAUGAACAAUCAGCAGCAUCACAAAUAUCACGACUCAUUAUUGCUGGAAACACACUUGCUCAUGGCCAGCCCAUACCCUCGCGGGAGGAAGUCGCAGCAGCAAAGAAAUCUGGAAAGCGUACGUACGGCUACGAUGCAUCAGCGUAUAAUGCAAAUCCAACGGAGAGAUUGGAUUCAUACAUGGCAUCGCUACUGCCGUCAAUACCAAUCACGCUCCUGCCGGGCCUUACAGAUCCGACUUCGACAGCAUUACCUCAGCAGCCCAUUCAUCCUGCCAUGUUCACCCGGUGUAGAGCGUACAUGGCCGCACCGCUCGCCACCGAGACAGACUCUCCAUGGUUCGACUCCACCACGAAUCCUGCUGAGUUCGACCUUCAAGGCUGGAGAUUUCUGGGCGCAGGCGGUCAAACGGUGGAGGAUGUCUACAAGUACGUCGACGGAGAGGAGAGAUUAGAGAUGAUGGAAGCGAUGUUGAGAUGGCGCUUGUCUGCUCCGACCGCUCCCGACACUCUCUGGUGCUUCCCAUUCCAGGAUGGAGACAAAUUCGUGAUCCAAGAAUGUCCGCACGUCUACUUUGCUGGGUGUCAGCCCAAUUUCGAGAGCAGCACCAUUGAAGGACCGCAUGGCCAGCUGGUGAAGCUCAUCGCAGUGCCUAGCUUCAAGGAAACUGGGCAAGUGGUGCUCAUGGAUCUAGAAGAGCUCAGCGUUGAAGUGGUCACUUUUGAGGCCUUCGAAGGAUGA